AUUCAAACAGCAAAUUCGUCAGUGAGCAACAAAAGUGCAACUCCUCAAAAUGCAAGAACUAGUCAAAAUCAACGACAAACACUACAUCGUGGACAUCCGCCGCAAGGUUCCCAGUGAUUCCGACGAUCGGAAGCCGGAAGUGGCCCCCGCGGAAUCAACGACGAUUCAGUGCUGCCUGUUUGACCUGGCCCAGCUGUGGUGCGAAACGAUUUCCGUGCGGAACCUGAUCGAACGCGAAAAGAAAGAAAAUUCAAUCAUUCAGUAUUCUUGCGAUAUCGUGAAUGAAACUAUAUUAGCUCGAAAAGCUGAUGAUUUUAAUUUACAAGAAAACAUCGUUGAUGGCAACACUCUUGGUCUAAAAUUAAAAUAUUAUGUUUCUGGCAUUCCUGUUACAUUUAAUUUAUGUCUGAAUAUUGCUAGUAGAGAAGAGCUUUCCGAAAACAUUAUGCUUCCAGUUUGGAGGAACUUAUUACAACUUUAUGAAGAGAAUAGUGCGUUGAAAGAUUUACUUAUUAAAAAAGACAUUGAAAUAGAACAGUACAAAAUAGAGGGAGCUGUUCUAAAGAGAAACCUCGUCGCAACGGCUAAAUUUGACGAGCACAAAUUCGGUGCAAACUUUCCUCUAUCCAUUCCGGAAGAUGGACUGAAAGUCAAAGAACUGAUCAAAAACAAAGAUCGUCGUGCUAGUUUGAUGAAACUUUUGAAGAUCAAACAUCGAGACCCUCCGGAAAUGCCGGGCAGUCCGACAAAGCUCAACAAAACCUCGCUAACACUAACGCCCACGAAGCGAAGCCCGGGCGGACGGGCGAAAGGACUUGAGGCGAUUUAUGCGAAGCAAAAGAUGCCAAAAGCGGCGACUGGGUCGUCAAUUUCGCUUAAACGAUUGCAGGCAGACUUGAGCGAUGAAGAGGAUGAUAAGGAUGCAAUCGAGAAGAUGAGUAAUGCUGGGUUGGAUUCAAGUGGGGUCAGUGAUACUGGUUUAAAAGGGAAGAUAAGAAAAAUAACCAAAUUGUAAAUAAUAAAAGGCUUUGUGAUGUUAA